UUGAACUGUGUCAAAUAUAACGGUAAUAUUUCUCCUUUAGGAUUUUCGAAUGACAUUUUCAGUGGCUGCACUUUACUUAAACAAAUAACUGUUCCUUCUGUGUUUCUCGGCACAGAUAUUGCCGGAAUUCCUGUUAAAAAAGAAAGUUUAGAACCAACACCAGAACCAGCUCCAACAGAAACAUCUUCGUCAGCAGUAAUUCCUUCACAAACUCCAGAACCAACAAUUGUUUCUUCCGAUUCAUCUGAGCUAGUAACAAACAGUUCCUCAUCUCAUGUGACUAAAAUAGAAACUCCAGAACCAACUGUUCAAAAACCUUCUUCAGAACUAAGUUCUUCCACAAUAGAACCUACUCCAACUCCAGAACCAAGUUCUUCUACACCAGAACCAAGUUCUUCUACACCAGAACCAAGUUCUUCUACACCAGAACCAAAGACUCCUACACCAGAACCAAAGACUCCUACACCAGAACCAAAGACACCAACACCAGAACCAAGUUCUUCUACACCAGAAUCAAAUUCAUCUACAAUUGAACCAAAGACUCCAACACCAGAACCAAAGUCAGAAACACCAACUCCAGAACCAAAGACUCCAACACCAGAACCAGAACCAAAGACAGAAACACCAACACUAGAACCAACUCCUGCAGCAAGAACGCCUUCAGCAACUCUACCAACAAAAUCGAAAGAGCCAACACUUCCUCCAAGAACACCAAGUCCAUGCAAAUCACCUCCUGUAAGAACUCCAGCUCAAACAGAAGAAAACAAAGAGAAUUCAGGAAGAAUUUCAAACCAAAAUAGGGAUUCAACAGGAGAAAUCAUAACUUUCAUAACAUUUUCAAUUGUCUGCAUUGUCGUGGCAUGUCUUGCAUGCUCAAUCAAAACAAACCCAACUGAAACAAUGAGUGAUGAAGAAUCUCUGAAACUCAAUGGUUUAGAUUAUUAA